AAAACAACAAAAACAAAAAAAAGGCGUUCUUCUUGCUCUGAAAUUCAAAUUGGAGCUUUUUUUGAAAAAUCCUCCCAAAUCAAAAUCAAAAUCGAUUGAUUAGCAGAGACUUAAAGCCCAAACCUUUCCCCCGAUUUCACGAAAUCGCCACCGAGUCAAAAAGAGGGAGGUCGCUCUUUCGUUUCGUUUUUUUGGGAGGAGAAAGAGAUUAAUUGAUUUGAGGGUAGAAAUGGGAAGUAAAAGAGAAGAAGAAAAGAAGGAGAAGAUUAUUCGUGGGCUUAUGAAGCUUCCUCCCAAUCGUCGUUGUAUCAACUGCAAUUCCCUCGGUCCUCAAUAUGUUUGCACCACUUUCUGGACCUUUGUUUGCAUGCCUUGUAGCGGCAUUCAUCGUGAGUUCACUCAUCGUGUGAAGUCUGUAUCAAUGUCAACGUUUACUUCUCAAGAGGUUGAAGUACUUCAAAAUGGUGGUAAUCAGCGUGCCAGAGAAAUAUAUUUGAAAAAUUGGGAUCAUCAACGGCAGAGACUUCCGGACAACAGUAAUGCUGAGAGAGUUCGCGAGUUUAUUAAAAAUGUCUAUGUCCAAAAGAAAUAUGCUGGAGCAAAUGCUGCCGACAAGCCUCCUAAUGAUAAUCAGAGCCACGGAAGUUCUGAAGAUGUGACUCGACGGGCCAACUCGUAUCAUUCUUACUCCCAAAGCCCUCCUUACGACUAUCAGUAUGAAGAGCGGCGUUACGGAAAGAUACCCUUGGGACUCACUGGCAAGUCUGCUUCAGUAAAAGGUCUUCAUUCUAAAGCUUCUAGUUUUGUAUACAGCCCGGGGCGUUUUAGUGAUCAUACGCUUGAAGACCAAUUCGCAAAUGAGAGGUCUGCUCCAAGGGCUUCAGAUUUUUCUGUGUCAAGUGGUGGGGAUACUUUCAGGUCUGAAAUACAGUCCCCAAAUUUUCAGCAGGAAGGUGGGUUUCGUAGUCCUCAUUCUCAGCAUUCAAAUGCUCCUCCAAGUGAAAACUUGUUUCCAGCCAAGCAACAUCAGAGAACUACGUCUCUUGGGAGUGUCAGAUCAGUUGACAGUAAUACCAUGUCUAUCAAGUCAUAUACUUCGAGCGGUUUAGGGGAAGGCGUAUCUGAAAAUGCUCAAAAUAUAGGAAUCCAGCAAGAUAAAACAUCUACUCCUGUUCCUUUAGUAACAGAGUCUACAAAGGCUCCUAUUGAUUUGUUUCAGUUACCAGGAGCGCCAACGGCUCAAUCAGUCGCUACAUUUCAACCUUCAGUAGGAACUCCAUCUCCACCUGUGAAUUUUCAUCAACCUCCACAGACGUACACAGCCCCUCCUACAGAUUUGUUUGCUGGAAACUUGGGUCAGAAACCCACUUCAGGACCACCUAACUUGCCUGCGUCUAAGAACGACGGGUGGGCUUCUUUUGAGAACCCAAUACCUGCUCCAAAAUCUACAUACAUUACUACGUCCGCUGGAGCUCCCGAGCUGGAAGUGAAAAAUGAAGGCAUCCAGCAGCCUAGCACAAGCAUGAAAUGGCCACCUUUAUCAUCAAUCUUGGAGCAGCAUGCUUUAUCGACAUCAAGUCCUUGGCAAGAUGAUCUCUCAAAGGUUCCAAAUAAUGCUGCAAGUAACCCGCCCUGGAAUGCCUUUCCCGACUCUGUGGAGGCCAAUUCUAUGGACAACGCUAACCAUUUCCGCCAACAUGGACCAAGUAUUUCGCAAUCUAACAGUGAUCAACACCAUUUGCCACAAGUUGAGGAGUUAAGUAAUGAUGGUACCCAAACAGGUGCUGGAUCUUCUGGUUUUGGCUUUCCAGGGAACAUUGUCAUGGCACCAGCAUACUCCCCUUAUAUGGAAGAAUCUUGGCAGCCUGUAAAUGAUCAAAAGUCAUCUAAUCCCUUUGAUCUCCCUUAUGAUUCCGAGUAUGAAUCAAAUGACAUGUUCUUGGACAUGAGUUCUUUACAAGGCGCACUGCCCGACAUCCAGACCCCACCAACCUUCUUUAAUGAUGUAUCACAACCAUGGCUCGCUGCAGAUUCUGUACCCUCGUAUCUACCUGCUCCAGCAGGCGCACAAGGUGGCUUAUCAUGGAUGACAGAACAAGCAUCAACGUCCCAACUACAGAAUCCAGCAGCACAAGGCCAUGUUGCAUCGUCUACCGGAGGAAAUCCAUUUGCUUAGAGACUCCACGAUCUGCUUCAUCUCUAAUGCAUCUAUUUAUUUUAUUUUAUUUUUUUUAAAAGAAGAAACCACUCUUGUCGAGCAUUGUGUUUAUUUUUGUAGUUCGAAACCAACUUCAGUUGUAUGUACGUUUGAGUUUUUGAGUGUAUUUUCGAGUUGGACUUGAAUGCCAUGAAUAAGUCGACUAAACCAAGAAGCAAUUCUAACUAAUCUUCUCUUCCAAAAUUAAUACUUCUUUGUCGACCAUCUACGACAUCAGAGACUAUCCAUUUAUAUGAGUUACAUAAUCAGUUUUUUUUCCCAUAGAAAUAUUACUCGAACACUAAGGUGCAAAACAUGGAGGCUUGAAGCAGAGCAUAAUCAGGAUAUCAUUUACUUGGCUCCACUAGAAUCUUUGGUAACUCAGAACAUCAUCAAGUUUGUUGUCAUGCCCACAACAAACGGUUCCAUCAACAAUCGUGUCAAGAAGUAAAAGACGACGCCAAGCAUGAUGGAUAUGGGAAGAGCUGGAAGUGCUUUGUUGUAGACGGACAACAAAAUAAGAGUGCAACCAAGUCCCGAGAUGAUGGCAAGGUAACAAGCAUACACUGUCAUCAGAUCAUACAUGGCUGCUCUACCAACAAGAACACUGUAGAAAAUAAAGUCUCCAAGACCAAGUUUGAUGCCUCUAUCGAUGUUAUCUGACUCCUCCAAAUCUCUUGCUUCUUCCCUAUUAUCUCCCCAACCCAUCAACUCAACCAGAGGUGACAUUUCUUCCUCUGCAACACUUUCUCUGUUUACCGCUGAGUGCUCUGAUGACAAGGGAGAUGCAAAGUGUCUUUCCCUGGCAUUUCCAGUGAGAGGUGAACGCACAACACCAUCUCUAUUCCCAUUACCAUCUCCACUGUCUAUGUCCAUCACUGCAACAGCGUUAUAAUCCAGGUUUGCAUUAUGAUUCCCCACUGCUUGCAGCUCUACUGAUCCAGAAUCCGAAACCCCACCCCC